AUGGACCAGCUUCCCGCGCAGAUCUCUUCAGCAUGCGCCGUCGCCCUGAGCGCCGACCCGUCGGUCCCGCAAGAGCAGCGGCACCAGGCGUACGCCUACCUCCAGAGCGUCAAGGAGGCCGCGGGCGAGACGUGGCAGGCCUGCUGGAAGCUGUUCCUCGACGGCCGAGACGAGGGCAAGCUCGCAGGCAACGGCCUCGCACCUGAACCGCGCCUUUUCGCCUGCCAGGUCGUUGGAGAAGCGCUCCCGUCACUCGGCCCAGAAGCGCUCGCCAUGUUGCAGACCAGCCUGUUCGAGUACUUCUCGAGCGAGUUCGUCGCCGGCAGCGCAGAAAACGGCGUCACCUUCCUCAAGAACGCCAUCGUCCACCUCGCCGCCUCCGUCUUCGUCCACGCCUACCCGCACGUCGCGCCCACCUUCUUCUCGACCCUCCUCGCCCUCCUGCGCACCUACCCUCCCUCGCUCUCCGUCCCCUCGUCGUCGACCGGCGCCGCACCGCUCAACCCGCAGACGACCGACCUCUUCCUGCGCAUCUUGCACGAGGUGUCGCUCGAGAUCAGCGACGCCCAGCUGCGCCUCAACAAGCCGACGACCCGGCUCCAGAAGGACACCGAGCUGCGCGACGCCGUCCGCGAGCGCGACGCGGCCGGCAUCGCCGAGGCCGUGUGGAACGUCAUCGGCGAGGCGCUCGAGGGCGUCGAUGCGCCGGACCAGGAGAGCAAGGUCGGGCUCAAGGGCAAGACGGCGCGAGAGGUGGCAGAGAUGGCAGUGCGCGUGGCGGGCGACUACGUCUCCUGGAUCGACAUCAACCUCAUGGUGACGCCGCAGACGAUCGGCCUCCUCCUGCGCUGCGUCAACCUCCCCUCGCCGCUCGCCAUCACGAUCCGCUCGGCGACGGCCGACACGCUCAUCGAGACCGUGUCGAAGGGCAUGCCCGCGAGCGACAAGCUCAAGCUGUUCGAGGUCCUCGACGUCGGGACCGUGCUCGCGGCCCUCAUCGACACGGGCCGUGAGAACGGCCGCAAGGAGGCCGACAGCGACGAGGUCGAGCUGUUCCGCGAGAAGCUCGCAAAGCUGCUCAACGGCGUCGGCGCAGAGCUGUGCAAGAUCCUCGACGACACCGCGUCGGCGCCCGAGGCCAAGCAGACGGCGCACGGCAUGGCGACGUCGCUCCUGCCGCUCCUCCUGCGCUUCCUCGUCGACCCUCGCGACGACAUCUCGAUCGCCGUGUACCCGUUCGCGACCGCCAUCCUGUCGGUGUACAAGAAGGAGAAGAAGCGCGCCGGGGCGGGCGCCCUGAUGCCCGACCCGACCAUGACCGACUCGAAGCGCGCGUUCUUGUCCGAGUUGCUCGCCGGCACGGUCGGCAAGGUGGCGUACCCGGCCGACGCCGAGUGGGAGCUCGCGCUCGAGGGCGACGAAGACGAGGACCAGCUCCUGUUUGCCGAGAUGCGCAAAAACCUGCGCGUCAUCGGCGACGGCAUCGCGUGGAUCGACCCGGACCUGUACGCCCAGGGCGUGCGCAGCAUCGUCGCCGAGACGCUCGACCUGUACGAGGCCGGCGGCGCCAACGACGGCCGCCUCACGUGGCAGCGACUCGAGCUCGCGCUCGCCAUGCUGUACGGCUUCGGUCAAGCCAUCUCAGCCACCGGGCCCGGCGCGUUCGUCCUCGUGCCCGUCGAGGAGGUGCAGCGCGCAAAACGCGAGCAGGAGUACCGCAUCGACUACACGCAGUUCCCGCUGUCGCAGCUCGGCGAGCUCAUGCUGCGCGCGUGCCGCGCAAAGGUCGUCAACUUCCCGCACGCCGCCGUCAGCCUCCAGUUCUUCGAGGUCGUCGUCCGGUACCACGACUUCUUCCGCCUGUGCCCCGAGUUCAUCACCGAGAUCCUGCCGAGCUUCCUCGACGAGCACGGCCUGCACCAGUCGGAGGAGCCCGUCCAGGCGCGCGUCUUCUACCUGUUCAGCCGGUUCAUCUACCAGGCCAAGAGCAUCGUCCAGUCGCAGGUCUCGGGCGACCUCGUCCGGUCCAUCCUCACGGGCAUGCAGGACCUGCUCGUCAUCAACGCCCAGCUGCCCGACCUCGAACCGCCGACUGAGGCGAUCCUCACCAAGUCGGCCUCGACGCCCUCGUUCUUCGACGCCCAACUGUACCUCUUUGAGACGGUCGGCACCCUCAUCUCGAUCCUCAACCAGGUCCCCGAUCAGCAGGUCAUCCUCCUCAAGGCGGUGCUCGACCCGAUCCUCGCCGACCUGCAGGCGAGCGUGCGCCCGACCGCGACGAGCCCAGAAGACCUCAACGCGAUCCUUAAGGCGCACCACCUCAUCAUGGCCGCCGCGUCGGUCGCCAAGGGCUUCCCGGACCUGUCGGCGCGCGUGCCGACGGCGCAGGGCACCUGGGUCGCCGUCUUUACCUCUGCGACCGAGACGAUCCUCGCGAGCGCCAAAGUCAUGGCCGGCUUCAUCGUCGUGCGCGACGCGGCCCGGUUCGCGUUCAACCGGUUCGUCGCGACGACGGGGCAGGCCGUCCUGCCGCUCAUCCCGACCUUUAUCGACUGCCUCGUCGGCGAGAUCACGUUCCCCGAGCUCGCCGACCUCUUGAGCUUCCUCGGCCUCCUCGUCGCCAAGUACAAGGUCAACUUCCUCUCGAUCCUCGACACGCUCCUCCUCCCCGUCUUCAACCGCGUCUUCCACUUCCUCCAGCUCCCGAUCGCCGGUACCGACGACACGGUGCAGCACUCGCACUUGCGCCGCGCCUACUUCAACUUUAUCCUGUCGAUCGCUGGGGCGGGCCUGCAGGAGGUCUUCUACUCCGAGAAGAACAAGGCGCACCUGCCGUCGAUCCUGCAGUCGAUCACGCACUACAUCUCGCACGACGCGCUCGCGCCCGACCAGCGGUACGGCUUUGGCGUCCUCAACAAGCUCCUCGCGCUGUGGGUCGAGCCGUACCGCGCGCCGACGGCCCCGGCACCGGUCCCGGCACCGCCGCCGAGCCCCGUACCCGGGUUCGAGCGCUUCCUGUACGACGAGGCCGUCAAGGUGUGCUUCGAGGUGCCGCUCCAGGCCGACUUUGACUACUCGGACGCCCAGAGCUUCCAAGUCAUUGGCGAGAUUGCGACGUUCCUCAAGGCGCUCCUGCAAAAGCGCAACAACGAGUUUGUCGACUUCAUGACGAACCAGUACCUGCCGAGCAUCUCUUGCCCGCCCGAGGCGAGCGCCCAUUUCAUGACGGCGCUGCAGGAGGCCCCCGACGGCAAGCAGUUCAAGAAGUUCCUCGGCGAGUGGCUCAGGACGAGCCGUGGACCGGCAACGCGCUAGACGUCCUCGCCCGACCCGACUCAUGCACCCUCACCUCGCCCCUCACGUUCCCCUCCCAUGCCCUUUACCUGUCGUCCUUCCCCCCUCGCACCCUCGCUUGCCUCUUGUCAACCUCGCACUGCAGCACCGCGCACGUCCCCCGCAACGCCCGCCCGCCCACCCGGCCACCUCUCACGACGCCUCUCUCUCCCGACCCGUUUCCUCGCAUUACAUACCCCCUCGACUGUCGCUCCAGCUGUGUAGGAUCGCAAGGGCGGGGCGGGCGUCGUCGUCGUCGGUGCCAGCGCUGAAAAUGAGAAGCGGUUCCAGCUCUCGA